UGGAAGUGGGUAGUAGUUCGCUCUUCAUCAGAGAUCAUGAAUCGUUCACUUAGAAAGUCCCAGUCUCUGCGCUGCUAUUCUAUCCUCGAGGUAAAAAGCAAGUACAGUGCAGAGUUCAGGAGGUUUUCCCUUGAUCGUUGUGAGCCUGGAAAGUAUACAGAUUUCCACAAGCUCAUUGUGCAUUUACAUCACUUAUGGCGAAUGGAUGUCCUUAUUGGCUAUGCAGAUGUUCAUGGAGAGCUGUUGCCCAUCAAUAAUGAUGACAACUUUUGCAAAGCUGUGACCUCCACACAAUCUUUACUGCGCAUCUUCAUUCAGCUUCAAGAGGAAGCUGACCAAGGUAACAUAAGUGGUGAUGGCAUUACAAAGCGAAAGAAAUCUUUGGCAGCAUUGCGUGGAGACAUUAGCCACAGAAAGUCCCACUUUCAGAUCAGCAUGCCACAGAACUUUCGUCCAGUUUCUUCAAUCAUUGAUGUGGACAUCUUACCAGAAUGCCACCGAAGAGUGCGUCUAUAUCGCCAGGGCUCAGACAGACCUCUGGGGUUUUACAUCCGUGAUGGUACUACUGUUAGGGUUACUCCUUACGGUUUGGAAAAAGUUCCAGGCAUCUUUAUCUCACGCAUAGUACCCGGUGGACUGGCAGAGAGCACAGGACUUCUGGCCAUCAAUGAUCAGGUCUUGGAAGUCAAUGGUAUUGACGUUAUGGGGAAGUCUCUGGACCAGGUGACUGACAUGAUGAUUGCCAAUAGCCUCAACCUUAUCAUCACAGUGAAACCUGCUAACCAGCAUAACAACAUAAGGCGAAAAAGCUGCAUUUCCACAACCUCAGGACACUGUUUUGAUAGCAUGGACUCUGUAAGCUACCCAGGGCUACCUUUGAUAAUGAAAGCAUGUGGCUUGACAGGUAACAGGUUGGUGAGUGAAGAAGAAGCAGAUGUGGUUGUUGAGAGCCCCAUCAAAUACCUGUCCCAGCACUCCAGUGCUUCAGGGGCCUCUCAUCCACAGGUUUAUCCAUCUUUCAGGCCCCAAGUUUCUGCCAGACAGCCCAACUCACUCAUUUCUGCAGCUUUUCAUCACUCUCAGCCUUGCCUCAACUAUACAGCUCACACUGACCACAGCCUCCCUGUUCACAGAAAUCUGACCUCCCAGCAGCAUUAUGGCUAUAAUCCAGCCAUCGGACAAGGCAGCUGCAGUACUCGUGACAUUCUAAGCACAUGGCACGUAGAUCUGAGACAUAAUUUACUGUUUCCCCAGGGGGCAAUGGAGGAAGAUGGAAUUGUUGUGAUAUUAUAAAUGAUAACCCUGCUGAAACUACACCACCCUUAACUCUUCCCUGCACUUAAGAUUUUAAAUGACCCUGAAUUCUUGAUGUUGUCAAGAUCAUUUGUGCAUCUUGUAUUUUGCAUCAAAACUUAUUUACAUACAUUUCUGGUAUGCCAGGUUAUACUAAUAUGUUUAAAAUGGAUAGUUCACAGAAAUAUUAAAAUUCUCUCAUCAUUUACUCGCCCUCAUGCAAUAUUAGAUGUGUAUGACUUACUUUCUUCUGCAGAACACAGAUUAAGUGUUUUAGAAGAAUAUAUCAGCUCUGUAGGUCCAUACAAUGCAAGUGAAUGGUAACCAGACCUUUUCAAGUGCCAAACAUCACAUAAAGGCAGCAAAAACGUUAUCCAUAUGACUCCCGUGGAUAAAUCCAUGUCUUCAGAAGUGAUAUAGUAGGUGUGGGUGAGAAACGGGUCAAUAUUUAAGUCUACUUUCACAUUCUGAAAGUGAAAGUGGAUAUUUAUAGUAAAAAAUAAUUGAAAUAUUUAUCUGUUUCUCACCCAAAGUGAUUGCAUCUCUUCAUAAGUCAUAUACUAUUAUUCUUUCCCUUUUUUUUUUUUUUUUCCUUUUUGUGAUUUUUGGAGCUUGAAAGGUCUGGUCACCAUUCACUUGCUUUGAAAGGACCUACAGAGUUGAGAUCUUCUAAAAAUCUUAGUUUGAAUUCAGCAGUAAAAGAGUCAUACACCUCUGGGAUGGCAUGAGGGUAAGUAAAUGAUACCUUUAAUACUACUGUUUACUAUUAAGACUGUACUAAUACUGUAAUCAGUUUCAAUAUACUGUAUGUUAGGUGAAAUGCACUUUAUUAUAUCUUUGGUAUCUAUAUGUAUAAAAAAGAAACAAUAUGAGAAACAACUUUGCUUGUCUGUUUCUUAAACAUUAUAGCUGAAAGAAUAA